UCCAGGUCGGAAGGGCGGAGGAUAGGCGUUUCCUCACGCGUGACAAGCGCUGUCCCUCGCCUCGCUUUCCUGCUCCGAGGCCCCGGUUGACGGGUACCGUCCAUGACCGCUCAGGACCCGCCGUGUAAGGGGCGGGACCGACUCGGGAUUGGCUGUAGCCGUCCUAUCCCCCUUCGCCGCCAGCCAAUACCUGUCGCCCGCAGGCGCCUGCGCAAUGGGACGGUCGUGGGGGGCGGGAAGCGCUUCGCGGCAGCGGAGCCCAUGUCGGCCCUGAGGCGCUCGGGCUACGGCCCCAGUGACGGCCCUUCGUACGGCCGCUACUAUGGGCCCGGGGGAGGCGAUGUCCCGGUGCACGUACCUCCGCCCAUAUACCCUCCUAUUCGCCCUGAGCCUCCCCAGCCUCCGGUUUCCUGGCGAGGGCGCGGGGGCGCCCCGGCCGAGACCACCUGGCCGGGAGAAGGCGCAGGUGGCGACGGCUACUACCCCUCAGGAGGCGCCUGGGCAGAGCCCAGCAGAGCCGGAGGAGGCCACCAGGAACAGCCACCAUACCCUGGCUAUAACUCUAACUACUGGAAUUCUGUGCGACCAAGGGCUCCAUACCCAAGCACAUACCCUGUGAGGCCAGAGUUACAAGGCCAGAGUCUGAAUUCUUAUGCAAAUGGAGCAUAUGGUCCGCCUUACCCUCCUGGCCCUGGAGCAAGUACUGCCUCUUACUCUGGGGCUUACUACGUACCUGGCUAUGCCCAAAGCAACUACUCCACAGAAGUUCCAAACACCUACCGCUCACCUGGUAACAGCCCAACUCCAGUGUCUCGUUGGAUGUAUUCCCAGCAGGACUGUCCAACAGAAGCACCUCCUCUGAGGGCACAGGUUCCAGGAUAUCCUGCUUCACAGAACCCUGGAAUGACUUUGCCCCAUUAUCCUUAUGGAGAUGGCAGCCGUGCUGUGCCACAGUCAGGAGCAGCGGGGCGGCCACAAGAUGAUGCAUGGGCUUCUAGUGCUUAUGGGAUGGGCGCCCGGUACCCCUGGCCGUCAGCUGCACCCUCAGUCCCCUCUGGGAACCUGUACAUGACGGAAAAUGCGUCACCAUGGCCCGGCAACAGCUCUCCCCAGCCACCUCCUUCACCCCCACCCCAACCUCCGAAGGAUUCUGCGUCCUCCUAUAACCAGUCUGGUCAAGGCAUAAGCCGGCACAGCUUCCCCUGCAGCGUCCAUCAAUAUGAAUCUCCAGGAGCAGUAAACAGUGAGAACUCAGACCUUUUGGAUUCUCAAGUCCAAUACAGUGCUGAGCCUCAGCUGUACGGUAAUGCCAGCAGCGAACAGCCCAGCAACCAAGUUUCGAGUAACCAUCUUCCUGAAGAGGGUUUCUCUUCAGAUGAAGGCCCUCCUCCAAGUAUUAAAAAAAUCAUACAUGUGCUGGAGAAGGUCCAGUUUCUUGAGCAAGAAGUAGAAGAGUUUGUAGGGAAAAAGACAGACAAAGCAUAUUGGCUUCUGGAAGAAAUGCUGACAAAGGAACUUUUAGAACUGGAUUCUGUUGAAACUGGGGGCCAGGACUCUGUCCGUCAGGCCAGGAAAGAAGCUGUUUGUAAGAUCCAGGCCAUACUGGAAAAAUUAGAAAAAAAGGGGUUAUGAAAUAACUUGGAUUGCAGGGGAAGCCUGUUACUGAUUUGGCCAAAGAACUCUUUAAUUUGGUGAGUUCCCAUCUUUUGAAAUGCCUGUUGUGACAAGAAGCAACACAUUCCAACUUUCUUCUGACCAAAACUUGAAAGAAAAAAAAAAAACUGGAAAAGCCGGCAGAGGAAUGGAAGAGCAGCAGUGACAGAUUCUUUUCAGUUUUCAGAUGACUGAGCAUAAUGGAAAACUGGAAUUAAUCAGUAUUGCCAAGUGGACUUACUCCUUAAGAAACCCACAGGUGUCUGUAGGCUGCUGCUUAUCAGAUCUCAGGAGGGAGCUAGACUUUAUGUAACAGGUUGUCAAAAACCUAAGCUGAGACAAACAGGCUGUUUUGUAAGCAUCUGGACUUGUCACAUUUUUGUGCAUUGUGACUGCAUAUACUUCAUGUGUAUAUUAUAGCUUAGAUUCUUGGACCUCUGUUCUGUUUUCUUACCUGCAGGUCACAAAUGUAAUACUAUUCUACUUCUUCGUACAUUUUGUAGUAAUAUGUUUAAUAUAGUCAAAUAUUGGCAGCCAGAGAGAUGCGCAGUUCUGAAUGAGUUCAUAUCCUUUACCACUUGAAUAUACUGCAGCGUGUGUGGGCUCCUACAGUCAUCGUCUCCCUUCCUGUGUGGCAUGUUCGUUCUGUUCUUCCCACUUCUGCUUUUCAUGAUGGGGAAGGUGACCGAAAAUUACAUUAACAUAAGAAUGACAGUGUUUGUAGACAUUCUUUGCUUUGUUGUAUUUGGAUAAAGAUCCACUUUGAAAUUGCUUUUUUAAGAAAAAUAUCUUUUGGCUCUUGCUGCUUCUAUAGAGAGCAUUAUGUUAAAAACAUGGAAACUUAAGUGCCACAGUUAGUAUAAAUAGUGAUGGCAAAAAAGCAACAAAUAUGAUUAUUUAAUUACACCAUUCUCCAGUCAGUAGAUCUGUGGGACAGAUCUAAGCUCAGUUUACAGCCGAUAGAAGGAAAAGGAGGAGAUUGACGCUCAGGGAAUGAGUCAGCCAUAGCUGAAGUGGAGAAUUCAUUAUUUUCUUUUAAUUUAAAUUUGGGCUUUAUUUCAUGGGCUAAAGUGCAUAGAAUUGCCUGUUUCAUAAGAAAGAUGUUACUUAUUAUUAACAGUCAAUUUAGAGCCAAGUUUAAGAAAGGGACCUUUCUUGGUUAUCCAUGUAUGUUGUUAUACAGAGGCAGGUAAAUAAUUUACCUUUUAAGCCUAAAGUGAGAUCUAGCAUACAGUAUCUGCUUUUGCAACAAAAGCAGUUUCUAAGUCAAAUAUCAGAGUGAUACUUUUUUCUAGACGAACAGGCCUUUAUAUUAGUGAUACUAAGCCUAGAGUCCCUUCUGCUCACAAGAAUCAAACAAAUGCUAACAUAUGAUGAGAAGAAAUGUAGUAAAAAUAUUGUCUAGGGGCUAGAGAUGUGGCUCAGUUAGUAGAGUGUCUGCUGAACAUGCAUGAAGUCCUGGGCUAAAUCCCCAGGAGUGUAUAAACGAGCUAUAGUGGUAUAUACCUGUCUCAGCCUUUGAGAGAUGGACCCAGGAAGACUGCAGGUUUAAGGUCAUCCUCAGCUACAUAAUAAAUUCAAGGCCAGCCUGAGCCAAUUAAGAUUCUGUCCCAAAAAACAAACAGGAUAAGUAAUUCAAGAAGUGAUCAUUUUAUUCCAGUCUAUAGUUUUUAAAAGACUUUAUUUGGCUGGGAUUGGUGGUGCACACUUUUAAUUCAGGCAGAGGAGGCAGGUAGGUCUCUUGAGUUCAAGGCCAACCUAGUCUACCAGAGUUCCUGAUCCAUAAUGAAACAAUAUCAAAUCCAUCUCAUCUUUCUGUGUGUCUGUCUGUCUAUAUCUAUCUAGCUAAUCAAUCAUCUGUCUAUGGGGUAUGUGUAUGCUUGCACACACAUGUGUGUUUGAUAUUUAUAAUUUUUAUUUUUAAGACAGAAUUUCAUGCCAGGUUGGCCUUAAACUUUGCAUGUAGCCUAGGACAACCCCAGAAGUUCUGGUCCUCGUGCCUCACUUUCUAUUACACGGGUAGGUGUGUUCCUGGUUUGUGUGGUGCCAGGCAAGCAUUGUACUGAGGUAUAGCUGUUGCCCUGAUUCUCUUAUAAAGAAUAUAUAUAAGAGAAUAUAGAAAUGUUUUUAAAAGGUUUUCUAAGUAGGCUUAGUGGCACACACCUGUCACCCCAGCAUUACGAGGCAGAGGCAGGUACAUAGAGCUCUGAAUUUGAGACUGUCUUGGUCUACAUAGUGCCAGGCUAGCCAGGAGUGAGAUCUAACUAUCCCUCCAAGCAUUUUCUCUAAGAGUUCGACAAUUAAACUUUAAGAGGAGAAACCUUAAAGCUUAGCUGUGUUGCCAGUGAGACAGUGAUAGAUUUAGAAGAAAACAUGUCUGUUUACCUUAUGCUGCCCAAGAUGCCAAUUAGUGCACAUUCCCUCAUUUGUGUAUAUAUACACUCUAUGCACAAAUGUACAUAUAUGUGUAUAGACCCUAAGUUAUUUUUUGAACUACUAACAUGAUUUAAACUUACAGAAGAGUUGUAAAAAUAGCGUUCCUGUGUAUCCUCUACCUUCCCCUUGUUUUGACAUCUUCUCUAAUGAAAACAUUUGUUGCAAUUAAGAGUUAAUAGUGCUAUUAAUAUUAGCUGAAGUAGCAAGCUAAAAGUAGAUUAUUUCAUUUAUCUUUUUAGUAGCAUCCUCUUAACCGUUCCAGAUCCUACUUUGCAUUUGGUUGUCGUCUCAGUAGUCUUUCGCUCAGUGCCGUUGUAUCAUAAGCAUAACUGGUGUUGUCAUGUGUUUCUGGCGUGGUUCACAUCGAGCGCUCUGCUGAAGUGGUGUCUGCUCGGAUGCUCUGCUGUGAGCUUUACCCUGCUUUCCUUUGUAAUUACCAAGUAUUUGCUAGAGACACUUUGAGACUAUGCAAAUGUCCUGUUUCCGCUUAGAGUUUGCCUCUUACUAUCUCCUGGCAGAUCUUGCUUGUGGCAUUUACUACUGUGGUGUUUAAAUGGUGAUUUUUCUAUUCUCAUUUCUUCUAUAUUUAAUAAUCUGAAUUCUUCUGGAAGGAACUGUGGUUUCUGGAUUUAUAUUUUUAAUUAUAACAAGAUAUUCAGAAUAGGUAUAAACUCAGAAUUUAAAGAUAUAAAUUAUGUUAAUUGAUUCCAGUGGCUAGUAUAAAAAAAAAGCAACAUUUGUGAUAUGUCUUUGAAAAUGGAAUGAAUUUAAGAAGGAAACUAGUAUUUAUGAUUUGUAAAAUUUGUUUGACUUUUGGCUUGAACUUCAUUUGAAACUGAAACAAUUUUCUUUUGAAAUUCACAUCUAGACUUUUUUAAGGUGUCUAAAUUUAUAUUACUUUGGGGGUGAUUUUUGUCAAAAUCUUGAAUAAAGUUACCUACACCUGGCAUGAUAAACAGC